CCCCUUAAAUAAACCCCUUUCUCUCUCCACCACCACUCUCUCUCUCUCUCUCGCUCGGUUCCGUUCCAGCGGUCGCUUUCUCUGUUCCAUUCCUUUUCCUCUGGCCUCCUCUCCCCCGCCGGCGAGGCGGCGAUAGCCUGAGACUCCGUUGGCCGCAGGCGAGGCGCAGUCCUGGGUGAUUCUGGAAGAUUCGGUGCGGAUGGGGAGGGCUGGGUUGGGUGUGGCGGUGGGGUGCGCGGUGGUGACAUGCGCGAUCGCGGCGGCGCUGGUGGGUCGGAGGGCGCGGAGUUGGUGGCGCUGGGGAAAGGCGGUGGAGGUGGUGCAGGGGUUCGAGGCGGGUUGCGCCACCCCGGUCGGGAGGCUGCGCCAGUUGGUGGACGCCAUGGUGGUGGAGAUGCACGCGGGGCUCGCCUCCGAUGGCGGAAGCAAGCUCAAGAUGCUGCCCACCUUCGUCGAUGUCCUUCCUGAUGGAACUGAAGAUGGAAUAUACUAUUCUCUUGAUUUAGAUGCAACCAGUUGCAGAGUCUUAAAGGUUGAACUGCGCGGUAGAGGUUCUAAGACCAUCAACUAUAAAGUUGAACAGAACAAGAUUCCACCAGAAUUGUUGACCAGUACAAGCGAGGAUUUUUUUAAUUUCAUUGCUCUAGAAUUAAAAAAAUUUGUUGAAAGAGAGGAAAAUGAUUUUAAGCAAAUAUCUAAAGCAAGGAUGGAACUUGGGUUUGCGUUUCCUUUUCCUAUUAGACAAUCGUCUUGUUCGUCAGGUGCUCUUAUUAACUGGACAAAAGGCUUCGCUGUUGAAGAUGUUGUUGGGAAAGAUGUUUCACGAUGUUUAGAGGAAGCUACGUCAAGGAAUGGAAUUAAUAUGCACGUAGCUGCUUUGGUGAAUGAUUCUGUAGGUACAUUAGCUCUUGGUCAUUAUCAUGAUAAAGACACUGUAGCUGCUGUGAUAAUUGGUACCGACACCAAUGCAUGCUACCUUGAGCGAAUGGAUGCGAUAAUUAAGUGUCAAGGCCUUCUUACAAACUCUGGAGGCAUGGUCGUCAACAUGGAAUGGGGAAAUUUCUGGUCAUCACAUCUACCUAGAACUGAUUACGAUAUUGCUUUAGAGAAUGAAUGUGCAAGUCGAAAUGACCAAGUAUCCUUCUUGUGCAUCGUCCACUUCUAUUCUACUGAAAUACAUUUUCAAUUUCAUGAAAUAUGCGACUCAUUCGCCUUUCUUCAGGGUUUCACAAAACUGAUUUCAGAAAUAUACUUGGGUGAAAUUGUUCGAAGGGUUCUUUGUAGAAUUGCAGAUGAAUUGAGUAUAUUUGGAGUUUCUACUCAUCAACUAUCAGUACCAUUUACCUUGAGGACAUCUAUGAUGGUUGCCAUGCUCGAGGAUAACUCUGUCGAUUUACAAGAAGUUGGAAGGAUCCUCCGAGAAAGUUUUGAGAUAUCUGAUACUUCUCUCAAAGCAAGAAUGCUCAUCAUGAGAGUUUGCAACACCGUGAUCCGAAGAGCUGCUAGACUAGUUGCAGCAGGGAUAAUCGCUAUUCUGAAGAAAAUCGGUCGAGAUGGAUAUGGCAGCACGUCGACUGGAAGAACCCAAGGCAGAUCAAGGAGAACAGUCAUUGCAAUCGAGAGCGGCCUUUAUAUUAACUACCUGAUGUUCCGGGAGUACCUUAAUGAAGCCAUAUCAGAAAUCUUAGGUGAGGAGGUUGCCCAAAAUAUAGUCCUUAAGAUUUCUGAAGAUGGACCGGGAAUUGGCACUGCAUUGCUUGCUGCACUAUAUUCAUCCCAAAGAUGAAUACGAAAACUCUCAAUUCAAUUAUUUUUCUUGUGCAAAUGUAAGAAAUUGUUCCAAAGUCACAAAGAAGAACUUGUAUAGUGCAGAAAUCCCUCCUGAAAUGUUCUAGCUGUUCAUAUGCCUUUCCAUCAAAUGUAAGUUAUUGUCCAUAUCUAAAAUUUAAAAUGAAAAGGCGGGAAACAAAAUUUAUUUUUGUAUUUAUGGAGAUGGUUCCAAGUUUCGUUCCUCCA